GCUCCGUCGUUGGGUCGGUGGUUCAGCGGGCUGCCGGUGAUUGACCAGCUUCUCUCUCUCUCCUCUGAUCUGUCUGUCUCUCUGUCUGUCUCUCUCUCUCUGUCUGUCUGUCAGCCGACUGGCUUGGCGCCUCCCCUCUCCUCUAUAAAUGUAGGAGAUCUAUUCAUUCCUUUCACACCGAGCCUGCUGAAGUCAGAGGAGCUGUGACUGUGCGGCUCCACCACGGGAUGUGUUGACAGACUAGUAUUCAUUCCGCCUUUUGCUCGAUUCUUAUUCCCACUCGCUCUAUUUAGAGUAGCGCUUUUUUUUUUGGUCGUGUUCACAGCGCCGUGGUGGUGUAAUCUCAAAUACCUCCUGUUACCAGAAAUUAUUAUUUUGUUUCUCCUUUCGUUGCCUGAUCCGCUGGUUUAUCUAAGAUGAAGGCUGUUCCUCCUCCGGUCCUCCAGCCCCAGGACUCCUCCUCCUCCUCCACCUCCUCCAACAGCAGCAGCCAGCUCUCCCUUCACUAUCUGUCCAAGCAGAGCCUGAACAUCGCCCGGUGCAGGAUGGAAGAGGAGGACCUGUUCUGCCUGCAGUACGACAUGAACGACUGCUACAGCCGGCUGAAGCGCCUGGUGCCCACCAUCCCACAGGAUAAGAAAGUGAGCAAAGUGGAGAUCCUCCAGCAUGUCAUAGACUACAUCCUGGACCUGCAGCUGGCUCUGGAGACGCACCCUUCUCUCCAUAAGCAGCAGACACAGACACAGCCACAGAGGACCGGGACCUGUCCUCCACCAGCCUCCAACCGGACACCGCUGACGGUGCUCAACGUCGACCACCACCAGAGGACGUCAAUAGUGAAAAAGCCGGAGGACUCUAUUUUAUGCCGCUGAGAUAUAAGCACUGCAUUUUGGUGUGUAGGCCGCACAGAGCCGCUCCAAAGCCAGCAAAAGCUUCGCCAGGGACUCACACCCAACUGGAGGCACAAUCACAAGGGGGAUUUCAAAAAAACGCUGGGAAGGAAUUCAACCCAAAUAAAAAUCACUAUUCAAAUCAGCUUUUUUUUGUUGUUGUUGGUGCCAUUUGAACAAGGAGUCAGUAUCUCGACCCUCCUUCCUCCUGUUUAACUUUACUUCUUGUCACUUGAAAAUGUUCUAAAUAAGAGUGAAAACAUGGACUCCCCACGCUGAGAAGUUUUUUGUUGGACGGCUCUGAAAACUGUUUGUGAAUUGUGCUUAAAAGAAUAACUAAAAACGACUCCAGUUUAAAGCUUUACUAAACUGCGAAAAAAAUCAUUGUUCAUGUUUUUUUUGGACAUCUAUUGUUUCAAAUAGAUGAUUUGUGUUGAACAGGGGUGUCAUCCCUGGAAUUAUAACAUGUUUGAUAUUGUAAAGAAGAACAAUUCUGAUUCGAGAUAAUUAAGGAUGUACAUAUAGAGACACAAAUGUUCUAUAAAAAGUAUGUGGAAGGAAGACUUAUAUGCUUAAAAUAGACUAUUGUAAUUAUAAGAUAUUUUUAUUAAAACCUUUUUUUGUCGUUAUGUAAAUAUCGUGUUUAGUGAAUGGUUAUGCUCUGCCAAUAAUGUCCUCACAUGAUGAUAUCAGUUAACUCUUUGCAGUGUUUUUUGGAAUAGUUCAAUAUGUAGCAUGUCAGGCUCAUUGCAGAGAUGUUGAAUGUGCACUGAAGCAGCCCUCUCUGUUGUAGAUACGUGGUGGAGUUCAACACAACUUCUUUUCUAUUAUUUGCCCUGCUCUGCUUUCUCUUUGAAUUGUUUUGUACUCAUUAACUAUGACGACUUUGACCCACUUGAAGCGAUGGGUCGCUCUGCUGUUUGAUCUUUUUUUAAAGGCCUGAUUUGAUUCUGUUACAUUGCACUCUUGUUAAAAAAAUAAAUCUGGAGAGCUACGGCACUUCUGACAGUGUUUAAAAAAAGAUCAGUGCAAAACAAUGUCUCGGUUCUUUUUGUGCGGUCGGAGCUUCUCCUUGAGAAGUUAAUGAUUGACACCGUGAAAUCAUUAAACUCUGGUUAUGAAUUGAUGAAAUAUGUGAACAUUAACAGACUCCUUUUUGGACAACAACCAAUUUGUAUUCAGACGGGCAAAGAUUUCCCUGUUGGAGAGUCGGCAGAACAUUGUUAAUGUAAAGAGAGAGAGAGAAAAGAAAAAGCCUUUAUUUUUCAUGACAUUGAACACCGAAUUUACCUCACCACCCUCCUGCCAGUGUGAGAGGGCACUUGUACAUUACUGUCAGCUGCACUGUUGGACUUGACCUUCACUGGCUUGUGAGGAGUUGUCAAAACAAUUAAAGUUUCCAGGAAGAA